UUCUCCCCCCUCCUCCUCCUCCUCCUCCUCAUCAUCAUCAUCUCACCACCACCCCCACACCCACCACCACCAUAGAUGGCCUCACUCUGUGCCUCAUCCUCUGCUCUUGCAGCCGCCACCGGCGCUUCCUUCCUCCGGGGCAGGAGUCUGAGGCACAGAGUAAGUCGGCCGGCCGUGCAGACCCCCCGCCAAGCCUUCUCUGUCGCCGCCACGGCCACGCCCAACCCCGACAGACCCAUCUGGUUCCCCGGUAGGACUCCUCCUCCAUGGCUCGACGGCAGCCUUCCCGGCGACUUCGGCUUCGAUCCCCUCGGCCUCGGGUCGGAUCCGGAGAGCCUGCGGUGGAAUCAGCAGGCGGAGCUGGUGCACUGCCGGUGGGCAAUGCUGGGGGCGGCCGGCAUCUUCAUCCCGGAGUUUUUAACAAAGAUCGGCGUCCUGAACACGCCGUCAUGGUACCAGGCGGGACAGCUGGAGUACUUCACCGACACCACCACCCUGUUUGUGAUAGAGAUCAUCAUGAUCAGGUGGGCGGAGGGGCGGCGGUGGGCCGACAUCCUCAAGCCUGGGAGCGUCAACACCGACCCCAUAUUCCCCAGCAACAAGCUCACCGGCACCGACGUGGGCUACCCUGGCGGUUUAUGGUUCGAUCCCCUCGGCUGGGGCACUGGAGACCCGGAGAAGAUCAAGGAGCUACGGACCAAGGAGAUCAAGAACGGCCGCCUCGCCAUGCUGGCCGUCAUGGGCGCCUGGUUCCAGCAAAUCUACACCGGCACCGGACCCAUUGAUAACCUCUUCGCCCACCUAGCUGACCCCGGCCAUGCCACCGUUUUUGCCGCCUUCACUCCAAAAUGAGCAAGGGAAGAGGCAGAUAUUGAUGCCGUGGAGGAGCUUUGUGGAUCAUUAAUGCUUGUGUAGGUAAUUAGGAUGGAUUUAAUUGGAACCAAUGGGCAUGCAUGGAGGAACUCAAUUGCCUACUUGCCUUGAAUACUGCAAUGUUCUUGUAACUUUACAUACAUUUUUUUUAAAAAAAUAGCUUUUUGAUAAAAAAAAUUGUGGCUAAUUGGUUAGCCUUGAAAAUUUAAUUCCUGAAAAAAUGACAGAUCAUCGACUUUGAUUAAUCAUUUAUAUAAGAUCCACUAUUUAUUAAUGAAAAAUUUUUAGAUA